UUGAGGUAAAAAUAUGAUGUAUUUAUUGUACUAUAUUAAGAGGGUUCAAAUCUCAAAAUCGCAUCGGGUCCUCUUCAAAAUUUCAACACUUCUCACUUUCUCUCUGAACUUUGAAUUCAAUCUUCCAAUCGACGACAAAGGGUUUCCAAGGGUUUAAGCCAAAACCCAAUUCGAACCCUAAAUUUCCCAAUUUCUUCACUCGAUCUUGCACUCCCUCUCACCAUCUCCCAAAUUCCCAAUCGAUUCUUUAUGCCCUUGGAUCUAAUCAAUCAUCGAAGCGACAUUGUUGAGAUUUGUUAUUGAUGAAUUUUGGGAAUCAAGAAUUAUAGUGAUUUGAGGAAUGUUUUGCUGAAUAUGAGCAAUGGCAAUGGGAAGACUGGAAAACAGAUUGAACAGGCUGGUCCCACAUGUAGAAGGAAGAAAGUAAGUGGUGGUGAUGAAUUUGCACAAGCCAUUGCGAAGAUUGCGGUAGCUCAAGUAUGCGAAAGUAAAGGUUUUCAGGGAUUUCAACAGUCAGCGCUUGAGACAAUGUCUGAUGUUACUGCUCGGUAUAUUAUGAGCAUUGGGAAAUCUGCGAAUUCUUAUGCUAAUCUUGCUGGUAGAGCUGAAUGCAAUAUUUUUGACGUCAUUCAAGGGUUAGAAGAUAUGGGAUAUGCGCAGGGGUUUACGGGUGCUUCGGAUAUUGAUCACUGGCUUGAAGAUUCGGGUGUUGUUCGUGAAAUUAGUCAGUUUGUUAAUGAGGUUGAACCUGUUAUGUUUGCACACCCCAUUCCUCCGUUUCCAGUUGUGAAAGAACGGGUGUUGCCUCCGAGUUUCUUGCAAAAAGGAGAAGAGCCUCCCGAUGAUCAUAUUCCGGCGUGGUUGCCUGCAUUCCCUGAUCCAGAAACGUUUUCACAGUCAGCUACAGUCAAUGGAAGAGGGACAGAACCUCAUGCUACCAAAGUUGAAAAUGAUAAUAGCAAUGGGGAUCGGCCUCUAUUGAAUUCACAGCAGCAGAUUGUCUCUAGUAUGUUUGGAAACACCGCCAUGAAUGACCCUGCAGUUCCUAAGGCAAAUACAGUAGCAGCAGAAAGUAACCCUUUCCUUGCUGCACCUUUGAAAUUUGAGGAUAAGGAAGUUGCUUCCAUUGCCCCACCAGCUAAAUUCUUUAAUAAUACUGUAGCUUCUGAUAUUCCCAUUUUAGAAAAUUUUGUUGAAAAUGAACCCAUUUCAGUAUUGGAGACGUUUGCUCCGGCAAUUGAAGCGAUAAAAAGCACAUGCAGUGAUUCCAGGGAAGAUCAGACCAAAUUUCCUGUGAAAGAGAAACCUACUGUACGAUUUAAGGUAGGGACUAAGAAUAAAUUCUUAGCAAGGUCCAUUGGUUUGAUUCCGCAAAACGAGGAGCAUAAUAAGACUUUGCCGUGGUUUGCGAUGGAAGAUGAGAAGGAUGACAGGAAAAGAAGGGCUGAGAAAAUUUUGAGAGAAUCUUUGGAAAACCCAGAUCAGCUUGUUCAGUUGUAAUAUAGAUUGCUUUAUUAGAAUCUGUAUACUUGAUCAUGAGAAUAUCAUGAUAAUUGUUUCUGGGAUAUUGAAAUCUAGCUAACUGUCUGCUUAUAUGGGCAUUAUAGGAUGGAUGUUACUAGUUUAACAAUCUUUCAGGUAUGUGUAUCAUGUAUGUCAAUUGUUUGGUAGAUCAAUGUAUGAUUCUUUGUGUAUGUCAAUUGCUUGGUAGAUCAAUUUAUGAUUCUUUUAAUUGAAA